UUGGUUCGUCCUCUCAGAACGAGCUGCCUUUGGGCUGGGCAGGCAGCUCUUCUCUUCUUGGUUGGGCUCCAGGCUGGUCAUUCCCGGGGCUCCCCUCCCAGCCAGGGGUGCGGGGGCAGCCCAGGCUGGCGGCAGGCGGGCGCUGCUGGGCCAAGGGACAGCAGUGUCCCCUGUCCAUCCCUCGCAGGUGGAUCUGUAGGAGAGGGUUGGCUGCCUCUGCCAGCGCUGGGCGGGACGGGAAGCGCGGCCACGGAGGAGUGGGCUCCAGUGCAGGGCUGGAAGCGGCUGAGGCAGGCGCUUACCUUCUCCCUAUCUCCUCCUUCGACGGCUGGAGAGCUUCGCUCCGCGGCUGUUCCUGCCUCUCUCCUGCGGGGCUCUCUCGCAGCCCAGGAUCUCCCCUGGUUUUGGGCACUGAAGCGACCAAGCAGCACGUUUUCCCAAAAUGAUGGAAAAUAAAGUGUUCCUGUCAUUCACGUUCUACAGCACAAUUCUGAUUUUAAAAAUGUAUGUCGUUGCCAUCAUUACAGGGCAAGUAAGACUCAGAAAGAAGGCAUUUGCAAACCCGGAGGACGCCCUGCGCAAUGGGGGGCUGCAGUUCUUCCGCGAGGACCCUGACGUGGAGCGCUGCCGCAGGGCCCACCGCAAUGACAUGGAGAACAUCUUUCCCUUCCUCUUCCUCGGUGCCAUCUACUCCCUGCUGGAUCCCAGUCCCACAGUGGCCAGGAUCCACUUCCUCAUCUUCUGUGUGGGACGGAUCAUCCACACCAUUGCCUACCUCCUGCAGCUGAGGGCACCCACACGCUCCGUGGCCUACAGUGUGGCCCAGCUGCCCUGCUUCUCCAUGGCCCUGCAGAUCCUGCUGGCCACCACCCCGUACUGGUAACAACCAGAGAGACCGACCAGCCAAACCCCCUGAUCCUGACUCUGCUGGGCCCCCCUGUGAGUGGGAGAGUGAGGGAGUGUGUCUGUGUCUGUGUCUAUGUGUGUGUUUGUCUCUGUGUGUCUGUGUGUGUGUGUGUGUGAGAUGUCACCAGGGAGGUCACCUGCACCCUGAGGAUGUUCAGUGCAGCCUUGAUGAAAUUCCACUGCCAUCGGAAUUUGUCGGAGAAGUCACCAGAGAGAAGGGACAUGCAGGAAGGGGAUGUGGAGGCAGGUUUCUCUCUCUCCUGCUGAGGUGGAAAGCACAUGCACUACCCCUUGAGAAAGGGGUCAUUGAGGGAAAGGUUUUCUGUGUUUGGAACUGUGACUGUGACCUUUUCCUCCUGGUCAUGAAUGUCCCACGAAUCAGGCAGGGAAAAUCAUGAGGGUCCCACAAAGUCUCUUAGUCAGCAGAUGUGGUUGGUAGCAGAGGUUAUAAAGCAGCCACCCUUCUCCUGCCCAGCCAUGUGCAUCUGUGGGAAUGUGAGUUCCUUAGGAUUUAGUCCCUUAGGUUCCCUCUCCACCAAGGAGGACAGGAGGCAGGUGCCUUCCAGGCAGCGUAACAGGAAAGUCAAAAUCUCAAGGGUGACGUUGUGAAGCCUUUGAAGCUUUCAGUGCUCCCAGUGCCACCUCGUCUCACGCCACAGCACGCAGGAGCCUCACUGCCAGGAGCCUCACUGCAGGCAGGACCCUGGAGCUCCUGGCAGCUCCCAGCCAGCAGCAGCUGUGGCUUUUCCAUCUCAGCCUCCCCACAGCAAGAUGCAGAGCGACAUGCCUGGAGAAGCCAGCAGGAAUCCUUUACCCUGGACACAGAGCCUGAACACAUUUGCUGCACACAAAUUCUGGGACUUCUGGAAUGUCUGAAAUGCCGGCACAAAACAGGGGGCUUGCAGACAGAGUUUUCUCCCAAAGGGCAGUCUAGUCCACAUGCCAUUAAUACCUGAAAAUGCCCUCAAGGGCAUCAGAUUGAGUUUCUCCCCCUCUGUUUGUAGCCUUUCUCUUGCCCGUUGCUAUUUAGGAAAUGGGCUGUGAUCGCCUUAGGGGUGUUUUCUUUCAGCUGUUUCCUGCUGUCCAGUGCUGCCGAGGCAUUCACAGCCUGGACCAGCUGGUCUUUGCAGAAAGCUCUGGAAAUGAGCAGAGGGGCUUUGAAGGGAGCAUUGCUGCUCUGCAGUGUCACCCAAAAGUGUCGUGUUGGAGAGGAGAGGCUGGGACCAGGGUACUGCAUGGUGACAAAGGCCCAUGAGCUCCUCUGCCACACAGCUGUCCCCGGGUGCCAGGGGCUGCUCCCAGCAGCAGCAGCAGCAAUGGAGCAUCCCUCUGGAGGAGAAGGCAGGAGGAAACCUCUGCUCUUCAGCGCCUCCUCCCUCCUCUGAGGGCAGCACAGAAUUUCAAUAACAUCACAGGGGCAAGCCAGAAUGAGUAGAAAAUAAAUUCCCCUCCCACCUGUCCUGUGCACUAAGGCUGUUCCCUUGACCCUGCUCUCCUCAGAGAUGCUCUUGCUGAGCCCUCCCUGAGCACUGGGGACACACCUGCUCAGAUUGAUGUUCAGCCUUUGCUCAGCUCGGGUAGAAGUUUCUGUACCAGGAACUCGAUCCCAGUGCAGUUGUGGCCUGAGGCUGAGCUGUGUGGUGAAGUUUGGAGUGGAAUUCUUUGCUCUCCCACUGCGAGGAAAGUGGGCAGGAUUGCAGGUUCAGCAAUUCACUCUUGGCCACUUCUCCUUCCCACAGAUAUCUGGGUAACACAGAGCCCUCUUAACAAGUCUUUUCUGCCUCACAUGGUGCACAAGGUCUUGAGCUCCUGUAUGUUCCUCUGCUGCUGCACAUGCAUCCUGGUGGCAGGAAGCAAAUAUUCCCAAUAAAAACAAAUCAUUGUGCUCUGAUACAUCCUUCCUUCGGGAGCAGCAGAUGCAGCUGGGCAGCAGCUGGGUCCAGCCCCAGCAGGAUGGAUCCUCAGUAGGAUGUUAAACCUCACUGUAGAGCCUGGAGUGUCCUGGGACUUCUAAAGAGACAUCCCUUUCCUCUGCACUCACCUGCCCUGCAGAGGAACCUCUUUUCCAGGUGUGCAUUAUUUGUGCUGAUCCUUUAAAUCCAGCAGAGCUGGGAAUUAUAAGCAGCUCUGCUCACUUUUCCUUCCCUGAGCAGCAAGUUGUUACAAAGCUUAGUGUUCACCCAAAAAUCCUGGAGGGCUGGAGAAGCUCAGGUAAGAGGUGGUUGUUCUUCUUUCUGUUCUUAGGACUCAUAAAGGACCUGCUUGUAUUUUCCAAGAUAAGUAGCCCCCCCUUUUUUUUGCACUAGGUUGCUGGGAAACAAAUGCUUCAUUUCUCUGGUUUUCCCCUAUUUUCUUAAGUUGUUGGUGGUUGGGAGGUGCUGUCCUGUCAGCGUUUGUGUUAGUUUCAUAAAAUGGCUCCACUUG